AUGGAAGAUAAAGUUGAAACAAAGAAUAUUGUUCAUAAAGAAGAUAAAAGUAAAGAUCUUUUGCAAAAGAAAAAACAACUUGCAGCAAUCCAACAAUCGCCUGAUGGAUUCUUGGUUGACCACAAUGUCUUGCAAAAGUUUUACCAUUCUUACUCGGUAGCCAACAAGUUCAAUUUGGACAAUUCAUUACUUUGUACCAGUAAUUUUGAUGUGGAUAGAGCCCUUGCUAUGAAAGAUCCCAUCGAUCCAGCUGCUUUAAUCGGAGUGCCCUUUAGUAUCACCACCUCUCUCAAACUCCAUUUAGAUGGCGUAUGGCUGGAUGAAGUAGUUGAAACCAAACCAAUUGCUGUCUUUUCUAAGUACAUUGAUAUGAUCGAGUCUACCGGUGGAAACUACAAUCUUGCCAAGAAACAAGGAUUCGAGAAAAAAGAAGCAAGUCCAACCACUAUGGCAACCUAUUUCCCUGGGUUAAAGGGGUGUGAUGACAACCUUGAUGUGACUACCAAGUUUUCAUACACAUCCUCGAGUUUGGCUCACCCAGCUACUACUACUCAACAAAGUGUUGCUCUAGGUGCUGGUACAUAUGUCUACUAUCAACCUGCAGUGGUGUAUGUCUGUCGUAUGAAAUGGAUUGAUACCCAUCCAAACCCAGAGAGUUAUCUCAAAUUCCUUGAAGAAUCUUUCAGAGAUGUACCACAAAAUGAAGGAAUUCGCUACAAAAUUGGUCCAAAUAGACAUAUGUACGUCAUAUUUACAGUAUUUAGAGAUCAGUUGAUUGUAAAACCCUACAGCGCAGAACUAGUAUCCCCAGUACCAUAUGAAGAGUUAUUGGACUAUUUAAUUAGACAUCCCCAAGGUGUUUCCGGUUUUCCUUUGCCUUUAGCUGCUGACAAUCGACAGUAUAACCAAGAAUCUGUAGUAUCUUUUGAAACUUUUCGUGUUGACUUGGCACAACUCUCAAUCUCCCAUCUAUAA